AUGCGGUCCAUACCAAAUCAAGAACUCAUACAAGGUCACUGGCAACAUCUUCAGAGCUUAGAGCUCGCAGAUCUAAACUUUACUGAUCCAGCCAAACCCAAUUUUGCUAGCUCACGUGAUAUUGCUGCAGCUUGUCUGGCUUACUUCAAGCAGCGGCUGCAACGCAAUUUUCAACUUGCAGAGAGCUACAGAGCCUUAAUGUGCGAGUAUAUUGAACUGCAGCACAUGAAGCCUGUACUUAUAUCGCAAAUCAACAGACCCAGUUUCUAUAUGCCUCAUCACGUAGUAGUAAGCCCCGACCAUAUUGAAAAGAUCAACGUAGUCUUCAACGCGUCGCAAAAAUCUAACAAUGGAAUCUCGCUUAAUGACAUGCUCGUGCCUAAUCCUAAGUUGCAGACCAAUAUCGCAAUAGUUCUGAACCCUUGGAGACGAUUUAAAAUCAAAAUCCUCUGGCGAGGAAGUAGCAAUCAACCAACAAAGAACUACAGAUGCACCACUGUUAGGUAUGGCACUGCAUCGGCUCCAUACCUUGCUCUUCGUGUGAUGAAGCAGAUUGCCAUCAACGAAGCUACUGACUAUCCAGAUGCAGCAACAGUAUUCAAUAACACACUUUGUGUUGACGAUCUAUUCGUUGGAGCAGACAUGAUCGAGGAAGGGCUUCAUUGA